AUGGCUAUAGCUGGCUUUUUAAGAGGCAAUUUUCUAGGCGAUUCAACAUUGCUGAAGAAAAAUCUUAAACAUUUCGGUGUUCGACAUUUGCAAACCCUUUUGCUUUUCGCCACAAUGUCCGUUGUGUACGCGUUACGUGUUAAUCUAUCGGUGGCGAUCGUCGUGAUGACCGACAAGCAUUCAAAUCCGGAUUUUGAAGAGUACGCUUGGAGUGAAUAUAUCAAAGGACUCUUGCUGAGUUCCUUCUUCGUCGGCUACGUCAUUUCUCAAAUACCUUCUGGCUAUCUAUCGCGUAAAUGUGGUGGCAAAUUACUUCUACUCAUCUGUCUCGUCAGUUGCUCACUUUUGGCCAUACUGACACCAUUGUGUGCCGCUAUUGGAAGUUGGCAGCUGGUGUUGGCCUCUCGCAUACUCCAAGGCGUCUUUCAGGGCAGCGUAUUCCCUGCAGUGCAUACGAUACUUUCGAAAUGGUCACCAGUCGAUGAGCGCGAUUUAAUGAGUUCGUGUGCCUAUUCGGGUUGUCAAUUCGGUACAUUUGUUAUGCUGGCCAGCAGCGGUGCGCUAGCUGCUUCACAGCUCGGUUGGCCGAGCAUUUUCUACAUAUCGGGCAGUGUUGGUCUGCUGUGGGCUGCCGUUUUCAAAUUCUUUGGCUGUAGUUCACCUAAAGAAUGUCGGAAACUUUCAGAGCGAGAACGGGAACUCAUCUUUUCGCAUUGGGGCAAUUCGGAACUGCAGGUGCGUCGCAACACAAUGAAUCCACCGUGGUCGUCUUUCCUGAGGUCGUGCCCAUUUUGGGCCCUAGUUAUCGUGCACUGCACCAACAAUUGGGGUCUAUGGACACUUUUGACCUACAUGCCAGUCUAUAUUAAGAAUGUCUUACACAUGGAUAUUGAAAAGAAUGCUCUCUCAUCUGCGCUACCAUACUUCGCUAUGUGGAUCUUGAGUUUCGUAUUUACGGCAAUGUCUUUAUGGCUACAAAAACGUAAUUGUAUAUCUUUGAAAACAAGUAGAAAACUUUUCAACACCAUCGGUCAUGGAACACCAGCACUGACACUUUUGGCACUCGGUUACGUUGAUGGGGAUCAUGUGAUAGCUGCUGUCUGCCUUUUGACCAUAACUGUGGCUAUUAGCUCGGCUUCAUAUCUGGGCUAUCAGAUUAAUCAUAUCGACUUAUCGCCGAAUUUCGCUGGCAUAUUGAUGGGUAUUUCUAACUGUUUAGCUAAUAUAACCGGUAUUGUGGCGCCGCUAACGGUGGCGUUAAUAAUCUCAAAUGAG